AUGAAGAAGAUGUCUGGCAUGGCGGCAGUGUUGGCGGUGUGCAUGGCGCUGUUAUCGCACAGUUUUGUUGUGGGUGUGCCGCUGAGCGAGGGCAUGCAGUCGCCCGAGCAGCCACUCACUCGCCUGGCCUUCGGGUCCUGUUCCAAACACGACCGCCCGCAGCCGCUGUGGUCCCCCAUAUCGGACUUCCAGCCCCAGCUCUGGAUUUGGCUCGGCGAUGUGGUGUACGCGGACACGAAGCACUUCCCCAUGUUCUGGGAGCCGUCUCCGGUGAGCGUCAUGAAGGCCAAGUACGAUGCCCAGAAGGCUCGGCCUGCCUACCACAACUUCUCCAGCUCGACGCCCAUCAUCGGCACUUGGGACGAUCACGACUACGGCGUCAACAACGGUGGAGCCGCCUACCUUGAGCGCGAGCAGAGCAAGCAGCUCUUCCUCGACUUCUUUGACGAGCCCAAGGCAUAUAUACAUAUACGUACUAGCGCGCGAUGGACGCGUAACGGCGUGUAUGGGGCCUACACGUUCGGGCCGGCGGGCAAGCGGGUCAAGGUGAUCCUGCUCGACGUGCGCUACAACCGGGACGACCCGACCGUGCCCGACCGCGACAUCUUGGGCGAGGAGCAGUGGCAGUGGUUCGAGCGGGAGCUGCGCGAGUCCGAUGCGCAGAUCAACUUUGUCGGGUCGGGCAUCCAGGUGCUCCCGCGCGACAAGCCCGUCCAGGAGAAGUGGACUAACUUCCCGCGCAGUCUGGCCCGCCUCGAGAAGACCCUCCAGCUGUCGAAAGGCACGGUCGUGCUACUCAGUGGCGACGUGCACUACGCCGAGAUCUUCAAGACCCGGCCCCGGUGCGGGGCUGAGGCCAAGCACUACGAGGGCAUCUACGAGAUCACGAGCAGCGGCAUGACUCACUGCCUUCAUGACCACUUCCCGCUGGGCUUCGGACAUAGCAUCUUCAACGCGGUGAUGGGAAGCAAGUGGCGAGUGAGCGGCGGUUUUGAGCACAGGAACUUCGGCACGAUCGAGAUCGCGUGGGGUGAGGAGACCGGUCACCCCACCGAAAUCCAGGUGAGCAUCCGUGGCGAGGCCGGCCAAAAGGCCCUGGAACAGACUAUCGUUGUGGGCGCCAAGAGCGACGACGAGCACCGGUGCAUGAUCGAUGCCGAGGUCAGCGGCUACGAGUCGGCCCAAGACAGCUGGAUGACGUGGCACUCAGACGUGUUUAUCAACAGCCUCAACUACGCCAUUCUCGCCUCGCCCGCAGUGGUCGUGCUGGUCCUCGCCAUCCUCAUCUACAGACGGCGCUCGCAGCAUUCCAACCACGUGCAGAGCAAGAGCAGCAACACGAAGAAAAGGGUCAACAAGAAGAAGACCAAAUAA